CUGCCUGCCUUGUCCCAUAGUUCCUGGCGCGAAGACGAACUCGGAAGACGGCAUGGCACAGGGAAAGCAGAAGUUCAAAGCGCAGCGUCCCGGAGUCAAAAAAGCGCAACAGCAGCACAAAAAUAAAGGGCCAAAGAAGGGAGCCCGAGCGAUCGCCCCCAAGAAAGCCCAGGUGGUCCAGCAGCAGAAACUGAAGAAGAGCCUGGAGGUGGCGAUCAGGAGUCACAUCGAGCAGGAGGUGACACAGAGGGCCAGCACCUCCCUGCACAAGAGGCUGAGCCUGCUGAAGAGCACAGAGGGGAAACCUGGAAAGCCGAAGUCUUCGUAGAGCACAGACGCACACCUACAAAUACACACCUUCACCUGCGCACAGACACACAACUACACACACACACCUGCACCUGCGCACAGACACAC